UGUUGGGACAGAAGACUAAAUAAGUAGGAAGAUAGCUGGUGUAGUAUGUCUUCAUACAUAUUACAUCUGUCUUAGUACUCUUCCGUUGCACAAACUUAGACUUGUUUUAGUAAAGACAAUGUCCCAGAAAUCACUAUGAUUCAGUACAAUGUUAUCUUUAUCACAUUCAGACAAUGUUUCCUUGAACUAAGUAAUAUUCAUGAUAAGUUGAGACAGUUCAGUAUGUUUAGUCGCGAAAUAGCUACACUUUCUUUGACUAGGGAGUUGUGGGCGUGACACUCGGCCUCCCUUUUAGCAUUUUUACACUUAGUUUCCUUAGCUCCACUCUCAACUCACAGUUCACUUCGAUUCACAUGCACUUGGCACUUAUGGGGUGACAUCAGGCUACUGCGGUGGUUUUAGCUAGUUUCUGUGGUGUAACACCGUCCUUGCGAGGGCGAAGAUACAAUUUGCUUUAAAUUUCCGUUGUUUAUUCUCGCCGAGAACUUCCUUGACUGAAGCUCGGAGACUGUUUUAUGUUUUGGAUAUUAUUCCCGUGGCUAUGACUGUGUCUGCGUUCGGUUUUAUUUUGGUUUCUGAUGUGAUUUUACUGAUUUUGGAUGCUUUUCACAAUUGAUUGGUGAAUCGGAGUUGAUAUUAGUGAAUCUGAGUUCGUUUGUUGAGGAGUUGUUCGAAUCAGAGUUUAUGUUCAUGGAUCUGAAUGUUGUUGAGUUUGGAUCGGUUGGAUCUGGAAGGGAUUGUGAAUCGGAUUUAUGGAUCUGAUACGUGGUGAUUCGAACCUGCAUGAUUAUGGCCAUUUUACUGUUGCUUUCAGUUUACUUGACCUGAUAGCUUAGAUCUAAUAGUUUUCUGUUUAAACGCGAUGUCUGAAAUCUGAUAUGUGAUUACUUUGUUUCUGAUGCUCUGUUUCGUUCAUGUUCAUGUUUACUUGUUGAAGAAGAUGAAGAUCGUUGGUAGUUAGACCAGAUCCGUUGUUUGUUUUGCUUUCUGCAGCUUUUUCUAUCGUUAGCUAAUUUAGGAAACCUGCUCAGUUGCUUUUCUUUCUGCUUUUUGUCUCACCGUUUUGGGAAACUCUCGAUUUGACCCAGUAGUUUGAUUAAACAGUCUGCAGUUAAUUUCAUGUUCUGAAUCAUGAAUGUAUUUAUGUUUCUCUGUUCUCAGGUCUAGAACUUUAUGCUUUUAAUCCUCAGGACCCAAUAGAUAGAGUAGUUAGUUUCCAUUUCCUAAGUCCAGUAGUAAAAUUCUCGACCCACUUGUUGCGUGGCAGUAUCCAAACCCGCCCAAAACUCUCCAAAUGCAUGCUAACUCAUCCGUCCUCGUGGGAUCGAUCCUUUGCUUCCCUAUACUAGCCAAUAGUGUAAUGGGUUGAGGUUUUUGAAGUGGAAAAGUGUGUGUCCAACGACCGAAAUUUGAAGGUUCCACGUUCUCCUAGACCCUGUGAUCUAGCGAAUCCCCUGGACCUUGGGGUUUGUGAAUUAUACCAAAGUACACGCACAAUAAACACAUUUCCUGGCACUUCAGGCGUCUUGCUGGAACGUUUGCGUUGCUCGAUAGAAUUCCUGAACAAGUCCGACACAUGAAUAGAAUAGUUGGUAUCACAGAUAGGACAUGCAUUGAUUAUUUAAGGAUAGACAGAAACACCUUUGGGAGACUAUGUCGCCUCCUUCGAGAUCAGAUCGGCCUUAUAGACCAGAAAUUCAUGACGCUGGAAGAACAGGUGGCUAUGUUUUUGUGUCUAUUGUCUCAUCACGAGAAGACACGUAUUGUGGGCUUCAACUUUAUGCGAUCUUCUCAGACGGUUUCCCACUAUAUGCAUAUUGUUUUGUGUGGUAUGCUGCAACUCUACGAAGUCUUAUUAGUGAAACCUGAACCAAUCGACCAAGAUUGCGUUGACACAAGGUGGAAAUGGUUUCAGGGUUGUCUUGGUGCAUUAGAUGACACCUACAUAAAUGUUCGAGUGCCACUCGCAGACGCACUGAGGUACCGUACCAGAAAGGGCCAUAUAGCCACGAACACUCUAGCUGUGUAUGGCCGAUAUUUGAGAUUUGUAUAUAUGCUUCCGGGAUGGGAGGGUUCGGCUGGUGAUUUGCUCAUCUUGCGUGAUGCACUCAGUCGACCACACACCCUCAAAGUACCAAAAGGUUUUUAUUACCUCUGUGACAAGGGAUAUGCAAAUAGCGAAGGAUUCUUGACGCCAUACAAGGGAGUUAGAUACCAUUUAAAAGAAUGGGUCCCUGGUUGUGCGGCUCCUCAAACCCAUGUAGAGCUUUUUAACAUGAGGCACAAGAAGGCAAGGAAUGUGAUUGAGAGGGCGUUCGCUGUGCUCAAAAUGCAGUGGGGAAUACUUCGAAGUUCGAGUUUCUAUCCAAUAGAUGUUCAGACCCUCCUCAUCCACGCCUGUUUUUUGCUACAUAACUUCAUUCGCUGCUAAAUGGAAGUGGAUCCAAUAUAAGAUCAACUUAGUGGUGAUGAUAACGUUGACAAUUGUGUCGACAAUGAAGCGGAUCCGGAAUACAUAGUCUAUGUCGAGCCUAGCAACGCAUGGAAUAUGAGAAGGGAUGAUUUGGCUCAGUCAA